CGAGUACUUCUUGGCCAGUGGAGGGGCCACAUAUAUAGAAGUGAAUGUUUCUUGUCGCACUCAACCGCAUUCGUCACUCAGUCUUCAUAGUUAUUAUUGUCACUACGCGACACUUUUUUACACAAUUUCAGGUAGACAUUCAUCUCGCGAUUCUAAGAAAUUUCAAUGGCAUCACUUACUUUAUUUUCAAUACUGGCCAUGACCAUGACAACCGUUUACGGUCAAAGAUACGGCAAUGCUUACAAUCGACUGAAACCUGGUUCAUGUCCCCCGCCACUGCCAAUUAAUGUCUGCACCAAAACAUGUUCCUCGGACGGUCUUUGUUUGGGAAUAUCAAAAUGUUGUCCUACAAGUUGCGGUGGUUCCAUCUGCUCGAGAGCGGUCACCAACAGGAAACCAACACCUGAUAAAAUAGAAAAACCCGGAGUCUGUCCUGAUCCAUCAAGCGGACGUUGGAUCUGCUCAUCGACCUGCAUUGACGACAGCGAUUGCACAGAAACUAGAAAAUGUUGCAGAACCAACUGCGGUGGCUUCAUUUGCAAAAAACCUCAAAUCCCAGAAGAAGCAGUUGCCCCCCCGGUUGCUCCUCCGGUUUCUGCCCCAGUUUCCACCCCAGUUGCUCCCCCGGUUUCUGCCCCAGUUGUCCCCGCAGUUGCUCCCCCCGUUGUUCCCCCAGUUUCUGCCCCUGUUGCACCUCCGGUCGUUCGCCCGGUUCCCUCCAACAAUGACGUAAAUGUACAUUCAAAUAACAUUCCAUACGAUAAUGGCAAUAUUGAGCCAUCGUAUCAUACCAAUCGUGAGCCAUCGUAUAACGCCAAUCGUGAGCCAUCGCAUAAUAACAAUCGUGAGCCAGCGUAUAACGCCAAUCGUGAGCCAGCGUAUAACGCCAAUCGUGAGCCAUCGCAUAAUAACAAUCGUGAGCCAGCGUAUAACGCCAAUCGUGAGCCAGCGUAUAACGCCAAUCGUGAGCCAGCGUAUAACGCCAAUCGUGAGCCAUCAUAUAACGCCAAUCGUGAGCCAGCGUAUAACGCCAAUCGUGAGCCAGCGUAUAAUGCCAAUCGUGACAAUCCAUUUUUAUUCAGUAGACCUCGUAAUUAACUUCUAGAGUGACAUGACGCCACGUAGCGUCAAUUUUGUAGGUGCGCCGGUUGCAUUGACGCCGUAUCGCGUCAAACGCAUUUAUCUUAAGGGCCUUUUUUCAAUUUUCACAAAACGUUGUGCCUAGGAGUUUUUGGGGUCGUAGAAUUCGAAUCCGUGAUCAAAAUUACAGAAUUCAAAAUGGCUGAUCCAAUAUGGUGGCUUUGAAAUGUCAAGAAAUACAAAAAAUUAAAACAGUUCCGUUUACCCUUGUUUCUAUGGAUUUUUGGGGGUUGUAGAAUACGAACCCGUAUUUAAAAUUUUGAGAU